CCCAUCGACUUUUCCAAAUUCCUCGGCAGUACCGAGACGUCGACAUUAGCGGAAUCUGCGUUCUGUUUAUUGCGAGCGUAUGUAAGGCUAUUUAGGCUGGCUUACAAGCGGAGUUAUUGCGCGAGGAACGCGUGCUUCGUUCUAAUGGUACUGUCGACCACGAUGACGGUAUUCGCGCUGGAUUGCAGCGGAGACCCUUGCAUGUACGGCAUCUGUUUGGACAACGAGAACAGCAGCACCUACUCCUGUUACUGCAUCGACGGCUACACAGGGAUCAACUGUGAGAUCAAUUGGGACGAGUGCUGGUCGGAUCCUUGCUUCAACGGCGGCACGUGCAACGACGGCAUCGCCUCGUACAAUUGCACGUGCACCGACGGUUUCGUAGGUGUAAAUUGCGAGCAAAAGUACAGCGAGUGCUCAAACCACCCGUGCCUCAACAAUGGUACCUGCGUCGAUGACGAUGGCUUCAUUUGUCAAUGCCCGGAUGGAUACUCAGGAGACUACUGCGAGAUCGACGCCUCGGUUUGCAACGAGACCAUCUGCAAAAAUUCGGGCGAAUGCGUCGAGGGGCCCGGGUUCUCGUUCUUUUGUCGUUGUCGCGAAGGAUGGACCGGCACCCUCUGCGACGUGGACAUCGACGAGUGUCUCACCUCACCGUGUAAGAACGGUGGGCUCUGCAUCAAUGUCCCGGCUUCCUACACUUGCGCUUGUCUAUUCGGUUUCACCGGGAAGGAUUGCGACAAGACGAUCGUGCCGUGCGACGAGAAUCCUUGCCAAAACGGAGCGGUGUGUCUCCUGGAGGACGAGCGUCCGGUUUGCUACUGCGUCCCGGAUUAUCACGGCGCCCUGUGCGAGCUGCGGUACGACGACUGCGAGUCGAAGUUCGCUCACUGCGGCAACGGCGGCACUUGCAUCGACGGUAUCAACAGUUUCACCUGCUCCUGCUCGCCCGGAUACGGCGGGCCCAUGUGCGAGUACAGCUUUCCCAGCACGAGCACGGGCUUCGUCGAAGCGGAAGAGACGUCCGAGAGUCCAAGCGGAACUACCGUCUCCGUCACUUCGCCUAAAGACUCGACCUCGAUGUUGGACACUUCCGUUUCUUUGUCGUCGACCUCCAGCUUCACCACUUACUCAACGUCCCCGAGAACGAGCGUUGAGCCUUACAAGACGACGUCGACGUACGGAGGCCCUCUCAGCAGCGCGGAAACCGCUGCUUUCCCGGUUGAUGUCACCUCGACGGGCUUCACGACUCAGGGUGAUUUUAUCACGUCGGAGUUUGCAACGUCCGCCGCUACCGAAGGCUACUCUCAUGCCGUAACCGAGACGAGAAGUACCGAGGUUUACCUUCCGACCGGGAGGUCGAUUCACGAUGGCGAAGUUACCGGUGACUACGAUCAGACGACCAAGAUGAUGUAUCCAACAAAUUUCUCCGAUAGAGCGGAUGAAGACGCAACGCGUGUGACGACGGAGUACGUGACAAGCUCCAACCGUCGACCCACGACUAUUUCUACGGACGAAGGGCAAAAAGACGAAAGAACGACCGUGACAAGCGUCACCACGGACCACGGUACCGACACGACGGAAUCGACGCAGAAUAGAAGCACCGAUCUCGGGACCACGAUCGCAGAUUUGCCCCAAACCGUUCUACCUCUAACCACUUCCUCAUCGACACUGCCAUCGGUGUUAACUUCGACUGGGAAGUUUGACACUCCGACGACGAUAUCUUCCGUCGCGUUAACGUCCACCAGCGUGUCUUCGUUGAGCCCUGUGACCGAAGCCAGCAGCACCGUAGAAAUCGGCACUUGUCAUGGAAGUCUGUGCUCUACGAGUCCCACCACUACACUGACUCCGCGCAAUGCCACGGAUUACGCCGAAGGCUGCAAGACAGAUUCGACCGUCACGCAGGCGGCCUUCAAUGGCAAAUCCUUCGCCAGACAACGCGUCGAGGUGAUAAUCACCGACCAGAAGAGCGCCACGCUGCGAAUUUACGUCAAGCUCAGGACAGCGUUCAAGAACGGAAUAAUAUUGCACGUUUACUUCGACAACGAGAGGUAUUCUCUGGUAUAUCUGGAACUCGGCUCGUUAAAGUUCCAAUUUUCUUGCGGUCUGGAAACCAUGCUGCUCGGCGAGAUCGAUGCCGCUAUCGACAAUGGUCACGAAGUCGGCAUUGACAUGAGCUUUCAGUACGUUGCCAACGACGAAAAUGAGAAAUGUUUUGCCAAAUUGCUGGUCAACGGCACCAUGGCGGUGACCGGCGAGCAAAUACUGCCACAACGAGGGAUGGUCCCCAAACACGCCAAUUUGUACAUCGGAGGCAUCCCGUUAACGUUCUCACAUUACUUUCCUCACGUAGCUAUGGGAUUUAUCGGUUGCAUGGAUUCUCUGAAGGUGAACGACAUUUCGCGACAUUUCAUUCACGACUCCACAGAAACGUUUCAGAUCGAGGAGUGCACGUCGUUCCUGUGCCUGUCCAAUCCGUGUCAGAACUUCGGCGCGUGUGAAGAGAGCGACGGUAGAAUUCGUUGUAGAUGCAUAGCGGGUUACACCGGGCCUCUGUGCGAACAUUCGGCGUGUAACGAUAAUCCUUGCUCGAUGGGUGCGACGUGCGUGAGCUCACCGGGCACCGGCUUCAUCUGCGUCUGCCCCCUCGGCAGCCACGGGCUUUUCUGCGAAGAAGACGCUAUCCUAGUACGACCGGCCUUCUCGGUCCUCGUUCCCGGCUUCGCCUCGUACAUCGCUUACGGCGUGCCGACCUCGGUCAAGGACACGAUGGAGCUGAAGCUACGACUCAUUCCCCGCACGUUCGACCAGAUCUCGCUGAUAGCGUACUUCGGGCAACGCGGUUUGCGCCGCGACGCCUCGGAUCAUCUCUCGAUAACGUUCGUUCGCGGCUACAUCAUGCUCACGUGGGAUUUGGGCUCCGGAGUGCGAAGGAUCUUCACCAGCGACUCGCUGAGUUCCACGUUGGGAUCGGCCGGUAAGAGCAAAACUUACACGGUUCGGGUUGGAAGAAGAGGCAAGGAAGCCUGGCUCGCCGUGGAGGGUGUGGGCAACGUGAGCGGCCAGGCGGUAGGAUCGAUGACUCAGCUGGACGUAUCGCCCGUUCUCUACAUCGGCGGAUACAAGUCGAAGAACUUCGAGACGUUGCCGCAUGACCUGCCUCUGCACACCGGCUUUUCCGGAUGCAUAUUCGACGUCGAACUGCGCACGGACACCUCGAUCCUUCCGCUGACCGGCUCCAGCCCCGCUACCGGCCGCGGUGUGGGCGAGUGCAAUCGCAAUGAGUGCAUCCGCCACUCGUGCAAGAACGGCGCUGUGUGCUUGCACCAUGGAGCGUCGUACAGUUGCAUUUGCACAAAAGAAUGGGUCGGACCUGACUGUUCCAUUCCAGUCUGACUCGUCGUCGGAGAACGAUCUUCCGGACGCCGC